CGCGUUCCUCCAGGACGCUGAAAGACUACCGCGCGGGCAAUUUCGAGCCCGGCGGGGCGGGAGAAAUAAAGGUUGAGCAGUUAUAGCUGAACGUUAUGACUUUCCCGGUGACUGAAUUGCGGUGGCCCAAGCACCUUCUCCCGCUGGAAGAAGUUGAUAACUUGUUGCGUUGUGGGAUAUGCUUUGAUUACUUCAACACUGCAAUGAUAAUUCCACAGUGUUCACAUAAUUAUUGUUCUCUCUGUAUUCGCAAGUCGCUGUCCUACAAACCUCAGUGUCCUAUAUGCUGUAUGGUAGCCACAGGACCUGAUUUGAAAAAUAACCGGAUAUUAGAUGAGCUGGUACAGAACUUUAUUUCUGCAAGACAGCGGCUGUUCCAGGCAGUUUUGGAUUCUCCAUCUAUAUCUUCUCCAAUUCUGUUACCUAAGAAAGCUCCUCUCCAAGGCCACAUUUUGAACUUUCCAGAUGGAUUGUUUUUAAAACAGAAAAAGCAAUGUGCAGAUAUCUUUCCAGUCAAUGAAAACAGACAUUUAGUAUCAUCUGACAAAGACAAAAAUAGUAAAAUAAAGCAAGAGGAGAAGCCCUGUAGCUCAGAAGAAAGUUAUGAGUCAGGUGAUAAAGAAAUAGCAAAUAUAGCUCCUACUGGAAGCAUCAGAAAUUGUGAAAUGCCUUCCACAUCUACAACAAGAUUUGUUACAAAAGUGGAGUGUCCUGUCUGUGGGGUUCCUGUUCAAGAACUACAUAUAAAUAACCACCUGGAUAGUUGCCUGGCAAGAGACGAGAAGAAAGACAGUCUCCGAAGUUCUGGCCAAAAAAGAAAAUUACUGCCUAAACUGGUUUAUAGUUUACUUUCUGACCGUGAUCUGAGGAAAAGACUGAAAGAACAUGGAUUGUCCACCCAGGGAACAAAACAACAGCUUAUUAAAAGACACCAAGAAUUUGUGCACAUGUAUAAUUCAGAGUGUGAUUCUCUAAAUCCUAAAUCAGUUGCUGAAAUAGUAAAAGAAUUGGAAAACAUUGAAAAGACUCAAGCACAACUUGAUGCCAGUAAACCCAAAGAAGAUAGUAUGAUAUUUACAAAGCACCAGACAGAGAAUGAAAUAGAUGAAAUUCAUAUAAAUUAUCGAAAGAAACACAAAGCUGAAUUUCAGCUUUUAAUUGACCAAAUGAAAAAGCAAAAGAAAAAUGCAAGCAAAGAACAGAUAAAGGAAGAAAGACCAGAGCAGAAAGAAGAAAGAUUGGAGCAGAAAGAAGCAACUACUGAAAAUGGAGAAAAAUUAAGGGUUCAAGAGCAAAGUGAUCAGGCCUCUGUCAGCAGUCAGUCCCCCGAAACAGAAGCUGCAGUCUGUGAAGAAAACCUCUGUCUUUUUGCUGCCUGUCAAUCCUCUGUAUCUUCAAACAGUUCAAGUUCGGACAUCAUAAGAGAUUUAGAAAUUGCUGGGAUGUGUUCAAGCUCAUCAGAUAAGAAGAAGAGGUAUAAUGCUCAGAUUGCCUGGAAUAGAAGUACAAACUCAGCACUAGAGAGAACACAUCCACUGAUUCCUUGACUGGGAAGAACUAUUUUGGAAGAGGGGAAGAUAAGACUGAGCAAAAACAAUUCAAUCCUAAUUUGGUAAUCUUGGACAAUACUCAGGAGUGAUUUGGGACUUGUACAGGAGCUAAUGCUGGAAGGGCAAAUACUACCAUAUCAAAAGAGAGACCUAUAUAUAGAUUCCACAACUGCCUUGCAAAGAGGAUACAACCCAUACUUAAAGACCUUCUGACAGUAACUUUUUGCCAUGAAGAUCAUAGUGAAGAAAGAUUGCUCCUUUUUCUUUUAUUGUCAUGUAUAACAAAUUGCCAUUUAUGCAUGAUACUGGGAAAAUCCUAAUUUUAUUUUUAGCUUUGUACAAUUCUAUUUUAGUUAGUUUAAAAAAAACACAUUUUUUAAAAUAAGAAAAACAACAAUUUUGGAUAGUAAAACCUUUUAUAAAACUCUUCUCACUCUAGAAAUUUCCUAGAAAGCAAUUUGAAUGAUAAAGCUCUUUCAAACUUGGAUUUGAUGAUGAUUAAAAAAAAAAAAAAAACCAAACCAACUGAAAGGAAAAUUGGCAAACAGAAAAGUCUUUUUGCAGUACAAAGAUUAUUAGAUUAUUUACCAUGAUCUCUACUAGAAAUAGUAAGACAUUAAAUUUGUAGCAAUUACUAUUUUAUUUGAAAAUGUAAUCUAAAUCAUUGCCCAGAGCAUGAUAUUUACAGACUUUAUACAAGAAGUGGUAAAUGUUCAAUAUAAGCUUAAUAAUUUUUUUCUAUCUUUCAAAAUGUAUUUUUAACAAAGAAGCACAUUAUAUGAACCACUCCUUAUACUGUAGCUUUGAAGAAUUUAAGAAUUUUCUGCAUAUUAAAAAAAAAAUAAUAGCUUUCUUAUAUGCCAACAACUUUCCAAAUUAGCUUAAGUAUUUUGAGUAAUGGAUGUUGUACAAGAAAAGCUCUUUUAAACUUGAGUUAUGUUUAAAAUUCUUGUGAUUUAAAAUAAGGGUCAUCCACAUAGGUUUAUGCAGAAUCUGGCCUUACUGCACUUAAAAGGUGGUAGAUUUAGUAUUUUAAUUGACUCUCCUUUAUCAAAUUGGCUACUUUAGUCAUAUUGGCCUCUAACAGUUAUAACCGCCAAAGUAAUUAUGCUGCAGUUUUUAUAUUUUAAUUUGAAUUUAGUAUAUAUUACUUGUAGCUUCAUUAGCAAAAGUACUACAGUAUAUUCUUAAAUUUUUCACAUUAUUGUCUGUAACUAAAUCUCACACCUAAAAAUCAACUUCCUAUAUGGCAAACCUUAUAGAAUAGGUGCCCUCAGAAUUCUGUGAUCUCUGUAGAAAUGAUAGAAAAAAGGUGUCUCUGCAGAUAUGUAAAGUAGAAAAUUCAUUGUUGGGCACAUGGCUGAUGGGUGGAUGGAUGGAUUAAAUGAUUGAUAGAUUGAUUAUGGUAUCUGUCCAUUAAUGGUGCUGAAAGAAAAACAUUAUACUGUAUCAGUCCCAGUAUACUGUAAAAGUAACAUAAAUAUUUCAGCACUGUUGGAUAGGCAUUAGCCUAAGGUAAAUACUUUCUUAAUAGGAAUUACUGGGGAUUAGAUUUGGGGUUUUUAGCUCUGUAUCCGAGUCUAUUUCUUAAUUUACUUUCCGUGGCCCUGAUACUUUAGCACCACAACAUACUGACCACAAGGGGGUAUAUAGAGAAUAGUUAAGCACUUUGUGAACCUUCUUUAUCUAUCACUUUGCCUUCUCUUGUUCAUGAGAUUGUUAGUUUCACUU